UUAUGUGUCAAAGGCUGGUUGUUUAUCUCCGGGUUCUUUGGGCUUUUACGACGUUUUCGACUUAGAAUGAGAAAAUUCUUGUAAAAAUGGUUGAGGAAACUGUGAAGGAAAGUAAAUCCCGUGUUAAGCGACCGAAACCCGUGUAUUUAUGGACUGUUGCUGAUGUACAGAAAUGGUUUAAGCGACAUUGCGCUGAAUACAUCAAAUAUGCAGAAUUGUUUUCGAAGCAUGAAAUCACGGGCCGGGCGUUACUUCGUAUUAAUGACAACUCCCUACAAAGGAUGGGUAUCACAGAUAAUCGAGAUCGAGAGGCAAUCUGGCGAGAAAUUGUUAAGCAAAGGCUGAAAACUGAUAUUAUGGAGAUUCGUGAUCUUGAGCGAAUGAACAGUAUUUACUACUCAUAAUUGUGUUGUUAAGCUACUAAAUGUAAGUGUAAUCUGAGACAUGUUAUUCUUUAAAAUAGCUAACUUCUCUUUAGUUUAUGACAAAAAUUUGUCGAUAUAUUAGUUGAUUUUUCGAAUAAAUAAAUAAAUUAUAAAAUAA